AUGUUGUACUCGCUCUCGCUCGCCGUGCUGGCGCUCGCCGGCUCAGCCUUUGGCAGAGAGAUGGAGAAGGACGCGGUCAGGGCAGCCAAGCUGUAUGACUCCGGUGUCCGUCACAGCGCCAUCAUGGCGAAGAAACACGAUACUUGGCAGAAGCAGCGUGAUGCCGGACUCUUCGAUUCGUCGCUGUAUCCGGACAUUGACAAGAAGGUUCCAUGCAUCAAUGGCACUGCUACUGCCAUCCCGGGCAAUGCCAACUACACUUUCAAGUGCAAGGAUAUGGAUCUGUAUCACUUCCGGAGCCAUGCAUCCUUGGGCAGCAACGGCGGCGAGGGAUCGUCCUCGUGGGGUUGGACGUCCCCAGAUGGUCGCGAGUUCGUUGCCAUUGGCCAGUCCGACGGUGCUUCCUUUGUCGAGAUCUCCAAGCAGGGCAAGAUGAUCUACUUGGGGAGACUUCCGCAGUACUCGGUGCCCAUCAUCUGGAGGGAGAUCCGCGCGUACAAGAACUACAUGGUCAUUGGCAGUGAGGCUCUGGGUCACAACAUCCAGAUCUUCGAUAUGACAAAGCUCCUCGAUAUCGACCCUGCCAACCCAGUCACAUUCAGCAACGAGCAGGAUCUCACUGGUCUCUUCACCGGCCUGCCCAUCGGCCGCACUCACAAUGUAGUCGUCAAUGAGGAGACCAACUGGGCGUAUGCGGUUGGCGCGGCGCCUCGCAACUCCUCCUGCCGCGGUGGCCUCAUCUUCAUCGAUCUUGCCGAUCCAUCAAACCCGACCACGCCUGGCUGCAACCCAGACGACGGUUACGUGCACGAUGCGCAGUGCCUGGUCUACAAGGGCCCAGAUACCAAGUACCUCGGCCGUGAGAUCUGCUACGGCUACAACGAGGACACCCUGACCAUCUACGACGUCACCAACAAGAAGAACUCGACCAUCAUCUCCCGCACCUCCUACACCGGCGCCUCCUACACGCACCAAGGCUGGGUCCUCGACACCGAGUGGCAGGAAUUCCUCGUCAUGGACGACGAAUACGACGAGUUCGACGCCGUCGAGCCCGCCGCCGACGGCUUCCCCGUGACCUACAUCUGGGACAUCCGCAGCCUCGAGGCGCCCAAGCAGACCGGCAUCUACAAGUCCAAGACCCACAGCGUCGACCAUAACCAGUACGUCAUCGAUGGCUACAGCUUCCAGAGCAACUACGGCGCUGGGUUUAGGGUGUUGGAUGUGAGCAGCAUCCCUGAUGACCCGACCGGUAAGGGGGUUAGCGAGGUUGCGUUCUUUGAUGUCUAUCCUGAGGAUGACAAUACGCCGCUUGGUGGCGUGGUCGACUUCGUCGGCAGCUGGAGCAGCUAUGCGUUCUUCAGGAGCGGGUACAUCUUUGUCAACACGAUUGAGAGGGGUGGCUUCGUUAUCAAGAUGAAGAACCGUGAUCAGGGCUAUGGAAGGGGCCGUGGCCGUGGCAGGGGACGGGGCAAGGGCAAUGGCAGGGGUGGCAGGCCCUGGUAG